AUGAGCUUGAAAGAAGUAUUCGAACAACAUCCAUGGAGGUCAUUUAAGAAGUUCAAUGAAGCUGCAAAGAGUUGGGGAUUUACUAACAGAGCUGAAGUGAAAAGGUUCUUUGACAAAAAUGUUGUACAUCAAACAAAAAUAAACCCUUACGACUACUUUUUACCAAUUUACUCCAACACUCCUGACGCAUACCAAUUUGACACUCUCAUUCAAAGCAGAAAAGGAGGACAUAAACCAUUCCUCAUCUUCAUAAAUGUUAACACUCGUAAAGCAUAUGCAUAUCCAAUGAAAAAUAAAGGAACUCGUGAAGUGUUAAGAGUUUUACAAAAGUUUGUAGCAGAACAUAACCCAAGUACUUUAACAUCAGACCAAGACAGUGCAUACCUCAGCAAUGAAAUCACAGAAUUUCUCAUUAAGCAUAACAUAACUCACUACACUACUGAAGACCAUAACCAUAACAUACUCGGCAUCAUAAACCGCUUCAUAAGGACUCUCAGAGAUUUAAACCAAGAGCGAGACUUUACCGAAGAAACAAUGAAACAUUUUCUCGAAGUAUAUAA